AUGGCGCCUUCGAGCCGCCACGCAGAGCAAGUGGGAGGGUUCGAACGAGUGGAUGGCCGUACGCUUCCCAAAGCGCACCAGUGGCCUCCACGAAGACCAGCGCCCACAUUUGUGAGGGCCACGGCGCUGACUCGCCGGGUGGAUGAGCAAGAGGAGGCAAAGAGGCGAGAGUUGGAGAGAGAAUUGCUGGUGCAGGAGGAUGCUCGCACCUUGGACAGCCUUCUCGGACCUCCACCCGUCUUUGAAGCCAGUCAGACAGUGGAAACCUCUGUCUUUGGCCAGGAGUCCGCAACAGCAGGGUCGAGUCAAUCCAUGGCCAGCUUAUAUGCGCAAAUCGCUGCUGAUGCAGCUGUUACCACAACGCAAACGGAGACCAGCGGCUCAAAGCUUGGGCCGUCGGUCUCGAGCGUCUGGGGUCAUCAUGCUCGUAAGGGCACCGAAAUUCCUUCCACUUCGCGCUGCGCCACUGAUGCUUGGCGGCAGCGUAAAAGGGCACAGCCCGAAGGAAAGUCACGCAGAAGCGAUUGGUUCAUUUCCCGCUUCACCAACGCCUCACCACCCACGAAGGCUCAGCAGAUCGGUGCUGACGCAGAGGUGGUGGCCAGCUGGCAUUGCGCUUCAUGCGGCGUGACUCUGCCCAGCACGUCUCCAAGCGGAAUCCACGCUCAUCUAGGAAGCAUUGCACACCAGCUCUCCUUGUCGGCCGAGCCUGCUGCUCCGUCAAUACGAGGCAGUGCAGCCGCCCUCGCGUCGUGGGAGAAAGUUUCGAAAGAGCCAUGGAUACAGCAGGACUUGAAUGACGGACUCGAACUGCAGAGGCAAAACAGGGGUUGGUCUGCUCUAGAAAGAAUGGGAUGGAGGCCAGGCAUGGGCUUGGGAAGGAAGGAGUGGGAAUUGGUGGGUGCUCAACAGGAUCAGUCCGACGAUGUGGAGGCUUCGGCGCCACCGGAAUCGCCCUCACUGGCACAGUCGCCAGUGACCGCAGAGCCACCUACGGACGCAGGAAAUGCGGUAUGGAGAGACUGGCAAGAUCCGCCUUCUCCCUCGCGACGCGGUCCGGACUCGCCCGCAGCAGCGCAGCAAGGAUCAUCAGCACACCUGGUCCAGUCGACGCCUGCGGCUCCUUCCACCCCGUCCGAUCCCGCCAUCGAAGGUCGCGCAAGACGAGUGCCAGUCAUCCCGAUUCAGAGACCAGACCGACGCGGCAUUGGCAAGCCUCUGCCGCUGAUGAAAGCAGCACACCGCAAGUCAUCAAAUAUGACCCCUCUACGCCACGCAGAGCUGGUUCGCCAAGGUAGAAGGUACGACCCGCCUACGCGCAGCGACCAUGGCUCGUUUUCGCAGUCACAGCCGUCAACAUCAUUGACAAAGAAGGAGCGAGCGAAACGUCAGCAGCACGACUCUGACAGAUUGGCCGCGUUUCGCGACGCUUUGCGUUGA